AUGACUUCCCGCCCAGUUAUUGAGUACUAUUUCUCCUUCAUCUCACUUUGGUCCUAUAUCGGUAGCCGCAGGUUCCGACUCCUCGCCAAAGAGAACAAUGCCAAAAUCAUCUUCAAGCCUGUGGACCUAAUGCACAUCUUCUCCGUCUCCGGUGGCCUGCCAGUCAAACAGCGCUCACCGCAACGUCAAGCGUACCGCUUCGUAGAGAUGGAGCGGUGGACCAAAGUUCGACGUAUCCCUAUUCAAGCUCAUCCAAAGUUCUACCCUGCAAAUCCGUCUCUCGCCCACCGUGUUCUUCUCGCUGCCAUUGAGGAGCUAGGGCACGAAAGUGAGGCGGUACAAGAGUUUGUACACAGGAGUUUGGAGGCUGUGUGGGCCAAUGAGCUUGACAUUGCAGAUAAGACAACCAUUUCGGACCUAGCACAAAGUUCCGGGCUUGAUGGCAUUCGGUUGUUGGAAAGGGCCGAGAACGAGGAGAAAUUGGCGGAACAGGAGGUUGCACUGACAGAAGAAGCGAAAGCAAAACGUUUUUUCGGGGCUCCUCUCUACUUGUAUAGGGAUGAGCCAUUCUGGGGACAAGAUCGACUGGAGAUGCUGGAAGACGUCAUCAAGAGCGGGCGAGAUCCAAUCAUUCUCCCUGAUUCUCUUGGUUAA